AUGCACCAAAUUAAUGCGUCAGUCUGUGUCCAGUACGGAGAGCAAUACAACGUGAACAUCGAAUUCUCCGUCGAGUCCGAGCCCCUGGGCACGGCCGGUCCUUUGAAGUUGGCAGAGAAGAUUCUCGGCAAGGACGACUCGCCAUUCUUUGUUCUGAACUCAGAUGUCAUUUGCGAAUACCCCUUCAAGAAGCUGGCUGAAUUCCACAAGUCCCACGGCGAAGAGGGUACUAUUGUGGUCACCAAGGUCGACGAGCCCUCCAAAUACGGUGUUGUCGUUCACAAACCCAAUCACCCUACCCGUAUCGAUCGCUUCGUGGAAAAGCCCGUCGAGUUCGUCGGAAAUCGCAUUAAUGCCGGCAUUUAUAUUUUAAACCCUAGCGUCCUCAAGCGCAUUGAGCUGCGCCCGACUUCAAUUGAACAGGAGACAUUCCCCGCUAUCGUCCGGGAAGGACAAUUGCACUCAUUCGACCUGGAGGGCUUCUGGAUGGAUGUGGGCCAGCCAAAGGACUUUCUCAGUGGUACUUGUCUUUACCUGUCCUCCCUUACCAAGCAGAAUUCCAAGCUUUUAACACCGUCAUCGGAAUCAUUUGUAUAUGGCGGUAAUGUGAUGGUUGAUCCCACUGCUAAGGUCGGCAAGAACUGCCGUAUUGGGCCAAAUGUGGUGAUUGGGCCCAAUGUGGUGGUUGGCGAUGGAGUGCGUCUCCAGCGCUGUGUCCUGCUGGAAAACAGCAGGGUCAAGGACCAUGCGUGGGUCAAAUCCACCAUUGUAGGAUGGAACAGCUCCGUCGGUAAAUGGGCCCGUCUUGAAAAUGUUACUGUCCUCGGUGACGAUGUCACCAUUGCAGAUGAGGUCUAUGUGAAUGGAGGUUCCAUUCUACCACACAAGAGCAUUAAGCAGAACAUUGAUGUCCCCGCGAUUAUCAUGUAA